AUGUCGGGUCUCGUGAACAAAGCGAAGGAGAUCUUGACUCCCAACAAGGGCCACGAAACUACCACCGGUCAUAGCACCACUGGCCACACCACGACCGGUCAUGACACUGUUGGCCACACAACUGGAACUCAUACCACUACUGGCCAUACGACUGGCACUCAUGGCACUCAUGGUCAAGUCGGUGCUGCCCCUGUGCAUGAUGCAUCAACUCUGAGCCACGGCACCCACACUGGUGGCUACGGCCAUACUACAGGCACCGCCACUACCGGUCCUCAUUCUUCCAAUGUAGCAAACAAGCUUGAUCCCCGAGUUGACUCGGAUGCCGACCAUCGUAACAACCCUACAAGCGUUGUUGGUGGAUACGGCCAAACAGGCACAGGUACGACCUCAGCCUAUGGCCAUGGCACAACUACGGGAGCCACCACCGGCACUGCUGGACCUCACUCCUCCAACAUUGCCAACAAACUCGACCCACGAGUCGACUCGGACGCCGAUCACCGCAACAAUCCUGCCAGUGCUGCAGGCGGAUAUGGUCAGACAGGUACCGCAUAUGGCGCAACUUCAGGAACUGCGGGAACCACGGGAACCAGCACCACCACUGGUCCUCAUUCUUCCAACCUGGCCAACAAGCUUGAUCCCAGAGUUGAUUCGGAUGCAAGCCAUGGAGCAGGCCAUACUGGUGUUGGCGGGAACCGUUUCUAG